AUGGCAUUGCUGAGGAAACUCAUUCUAUCCACGGUCACCAUCGUUGCGCUGUAUACGGCAUGCGUGGGCUUGCUUUGCUUACCAGGUCCCCAGCGUUUUAUGAUCUUUCUCAACAAGAUUCAAACACCUUCAAGUCUCCAUAUCCCUGAAUCAUAUGGCUUUGCACACAACAAGAUCAGAAACUUUCAAAUCACGACUUCAGACAACAUCACACUUGGCGCGUGGCACAUUUUACCAUCCUCGUAUCACUUGCAACAUGGUUUGCGGGAUAUCCAAGGCGUACCAGAGACAUCGGUGUAUGAGAAGGCAUUGUCCGACCCCAAGUUCGAGACUCUUGUAUACUUUCACGGCAAUGCCAUGAACCGUGCCGCACCUUGGCGUAUUGAUCUUUACAAGCGUUUGAGUGACAAGUUUGAUCGUUUGAAUAUCAUCACAAUUGAUUAUCGAGGGUUUGGCGAUUCUGAUGGCUAUCCUUCGGAAAGUGGACUUAAACUGGAUGCUCAGGCUGUUAUUGACUGGCUGGCGGAAAGAAAUGUACCUUCUCAAAAGAUCACUCUUCUUGGCCAUUCUUUGGGUACUGGAGUAGCAACCACAUUAGCGAGCGAGAUGACAGCAGCGGGCAAACCACCCAAGACUCUUAUUCUCAAGGCAGCUUAUAGCUCAUUGCCAAAUCUUAUCUUUGAGUAUCGCAUCUUCAACAGCAUACCACUUUUGGGUCCCUUGCAAGCCUUCCCAGCAGCACAAAAAUGGAUGCUUGAGUACCUGGAACACAAGUUUGAUUCAGCGUCGCGCAUUGAGCAUGUUCAAGCACCCAUCCUCAUUGUAUACGGUGCCACUGACCUCGAAAUCCCCGGCCAUAAUUCACAUUUGCUGUUCCACCGUGCAGUGCAAGGUUCACAAGAACAAGAAACAUUGGUGUCUGAAUGGCUCGAGAAUAGCCCGAAACGUGUCAUACCCAACGAGGCCAUAGUGUACCAACAUGAUAAUGUGCGCCUGGUGCAACUUGAAUAUGCUGGCCAUAACGAUGUGGGAUACUAUGACUACACCUUCCAAGCGAUGGCUGAAGUGACUGGAUGGCACAUGCCUCAUCAAACAAAGCUUUUCCCUUGGUAA